UUCAGUUCUGAAUAUGAUACAUUUUCUUGGAACGUUUUAUUGUUGCAUCGCCAAGUUUGAUAAAUGUUAGAACCGACUGGUUGUUUUGCGUAAGACGCUGUUAUCAUCUGACUUCAUUAAUUCAGCUAUCUUGUUUCGAAUUUCGAAAAGUCGACCAAAGAAAUGAAACGUCAGCGACUGGAUGGCCAUGUAAAUAACGGUGACGGUUACGUUCCAUAUGUGGAAAGGCUUUACAGGAAAACACAAGGGGAUUAUGAAGAAGCUGGUGGAUUUUUGGAUGACGAUGACGAAUACGCUAGUGUACGGGAGCGUAUAGCGGUAGCGCGUCAAAAACGUGCAGAUGAAGCAGCGGCUAAUUCAAGGUCUCUGAUACCACCAGAUAAUUGUAUCGACUGUAAAAAACCAUUGUGUGACUCGUAUUUGUGGGAAAAGUUCAAUUAUCCUGUUUGUAAUACAUGCAGAAACGAUCAAGGUGCUCACAAAUUGAUUUCGCGAACGGAGGCUAAAAAUCAGUAUCUAUUGAAGGAUUGUGAUCUUGAUUUACGUAAACCAGUUUUGAAGUUUAUUUCAAAAAAGAAUCCACACAACCCUCGUUAUGGUGAUAUGAAGCUGUACCUUAAAGCACAAUUGGAACAACGUUGCUUGGAAGUGUACGGAUCAAAAGAGGAAUUUGAAAAGGCAAAGGAAACACGUACCGUACAAAAGGAAACACGACUAGAAAAGCGCUUCGAGAAGAAAAUCAAAGAAAUGAGGCAGCAAGUACAUGGAUCGAAAAUUUUUAAAUUCAGCUAUGGCAAAGCUCACGAUCAUGUCUACGGUGAUGAGACAUAUGAUUCGGAGAAGGAUGAAUAUUGGAAGACAUGCAAAAUAUGUGAUUAUAAAUUGACGUAUGAAAAGUUGUAACGAAGAUUGUUCAUUUAAGAAUAAUUUGAUAUUGCCCUGCUCUUCUAGUAAGAGUAAAUCAAGUUUUUAAUCAUUUUGUGUUGCGUAUCUGCUGGUCCCAACAAUUGUGCUUGAGUUAGACCAUAUGCAAACCUUUUGGAAGUGUGGCUGAAGUUUAGACCACGAAUUGUUCACUUAAUAAGUAUUUGACAGGUGACCAG